AUGCCCAAAACGAAACUAGCUUCGUCAGUAGAACUUUCAUUCGAAGAGCCUGAACUAUUUGUCCACAUGUACGAUUUUGCUGUGGAAAUCACCGAUGAAUUUUGUCAAAUUGCUUUUCCUGGAGCAUUUCAUCCAGCUUUCCUGCUAGUAAAACUGUAUCAUAUUCUACUUUCUGUAAUAUCAAUGGGUUCGAUAAUUUAUUUUUUCCUCAACUACAGUAAUCUUUUGGCGUUUCACUUCAAUAUCAAGAUUCUAUUUUUCUUUCAAUUCUGUUCAUGCUUUCUUCAAUCAGCCACUCUAGCCAUAUCUCAGACGCAUCACCUAGUUCUUGCUCUUAUCGCCAAUGGACCUUGUGACGUCAUUCUUGCUCCGGCUCUUUUUGCGUUGUUCAAUCUUCCUUUAAUCUUUUCAAUGCUUUGCAUGGAGUUCUCACAAGUUUUGAUGGUUAUUGAAAGAACGUUGGCAAGCUGUCUGUUCGUAUGUUAUGAGAAAACUACAAAAACAAUCGGAUUUGUACUCACAUCUUUUGCGGUAAUCGUUCCGGGAUUAACAUGCCUUUAUAUGUAUUAUGAUGAUAAAUUCAACUAUCCACAAAUGAGUGCAAUGGCAACUUCACCGUCCAGUAAAUUGAGAAUAAAUUACAUUUUUAUCACUAUAAAUGUGUUGAAUGUUCUGACAUUGAUGCAUUCAAUCGGGUUGUAUCGUCAUAAUAAACAAAAGAUAAACAUGGUGAAAGGCCGUGAUCAUUUUAUUCUUUCAUCUCGUUUUCAAAUGAACGAAAAUGUCAGUUCAUCAAAGCUUUUGUGGCGGCUUUCGUGUGCCCAACUGAUUAUUUUCUUGCUUUAUGGAUGUGCAAUGUACAGUUUGAGAAUCUUUUUACCAGGAGAAAGAAGUGCAGUUUGGCAAGCGGUCACUGAAUUUUGUUAUACUCCGCCACUCUACUGUGCCAUUAUGCCACUUAUCUGCAUAGUGUGUGCUCAAAACUCAUUGAAGCAACGCAACUCCAAAGUUCAAUCAUUGAUUACACUCCGGUCUGUGGGACAAGAGGGAUGGGAUAAUUAUCAAGGGAUGCUGCAAAAGCAAUGGGAAUGAAGAGAAUCCGAUCAACCCUUGAAGUCAAUCAAGACUAAAAGUCUCAUUUUCGACCAUUUUUCAAAAUUUCAAAUCAGACAAUGUUUUCUUUUUUACGAUAAUUUCAAAUACAUA